AUGGCCGCAGAAGACAUUCAGCCAGACAAGCGCCACGCUGCUGACCAGCACGUAUCCGUCGAUCAUGUUCGAUCUCACGGCUCAAGCGACAAUGAAAAGAAGACAUCCGAGGAGUAUGAUCCAUAUGCAGCGUAUGAGCAGAAGGAGGAGAAGAAUACUCUGUGGGGACACGUGAAGGAGCCGGGCGGUGCGAUCCAGAUUGUGAUCGCUGCAAUGCUCGCUCUAGCCAUUGGUCUGCCUGUUGCAUUCACCGUUGACAAUGUUCCGGAUGCUGCGCCGACCAUCUUGAACAUUCCAGGACGUAUGUGGCUGCGAGCUCUCACAGCUGUUGUCAUGCCACUUAUCGUUACCGCGAUGAUACUUGCUAUGCAGCGGCUGAAAGAAAUGACUGGCGGAGGCAACAAACUCGCAAAGUGGACUGUUGGCUACUACGUCGUCACGACGAUCAUUGCUAUUGUCCAUAGCACCAUUCUCGUUUCUCUUGUGUGGCGACCCAUGUAUACUGUCGCUGGCGACGACAGUCUGGCAAUCGACGAGGAUGACCAGGAUACCUUCGAUGAGCGCAGUGACAACGAUGUCACCACAAUCUUGGUGAACAUUUUCGACUCGUUCAUCCCAGGAAAUAUCUUUGCAGCACUCGCAGAGAAUCAGCUGCUAGCAGUCCUCGUCACUGCAGUCGUUGUGGGCGGGCUUCUUGAACCAGGGUCUUCGAUCAUCAAGGCUGUCGUCGAAGUCGAGCGACUCAUCACCAAGGUCAUCAUCUUCCUGAUUAAGUUGGCGCCAAUUGGUGUCUUCUUCCUGAUUCUUUCCAACAUCAUCAAGCUGGACCCGGAGUCGAUUGGGAAGAACCUCGGAAUCCUCAUUGGCUCGUCCCUGGUAUCGAUGUUCAUCCAUCUCUUUAUCGUCCUGCCACUCAUCUAUUUCGCAUUCGUCCGACAGAACCCAUUCACAUACUGGAUGAAGAACUCGCCUGCAUGGAUCACAGCUUGGGGCACUGCGUCUUCAGCAGCAACGCUUCCUGUCACGAUGCGCUGUGUCCGUGCCCGCGGCUGGCCAGAGACAGUCAUCAAGUUCACUGUCCCGCUUGGCUGCCUUGUCAAUAUGGAUGGUACGGCAAUCUACUUCCCAGCCGUGGUGGUCUUCAUGGCCCAGACUCAAGGGAUCACCCUCAAUGCGGGCGAGUACGUCAUCGUGGUCCUCCUUGCCACACUGUCGUCCAUCGCCACCACACCAAUUCCUUCCAGCUCGCUGGUCUUGACAGUUAUCAUCUGUCAGUCGGUGGGUGUGCCGGUCACGGGCAUGUAUGCUGUGGUGAUUGCCAUUGAUUGGUUCAUUGACCGCUUCCGGACGGCUCUGAAUGUCUCUUCGGACCUCUUCGCCGUUGGCGUCAUCACGAAGAUCACCGGCAUCAGUGAUGCGGACGGCGUCGCAUACGAGGCGACCGUCGAGGAGAGACAUGCUGCUUCAGUUCAGGGCGCUGCUGGCGUUAGGCAGGACAGCAAGGUCUGA